AUGAAAUUGAGAUUAGUNAAGUUGGCGCUGAAGAGUUUUAACUGUAUGAAGAGAGAUGCUUUUUCUCCAAAUGUGGUUACUUUCACUUGUUUGAUUGAUGGGUACUGUAAAGCUGGUGACUUGGAGGUUGCGGUUUCGUUAUACGAAGAUAUGAGACGCGUUCGGAUGUCUCUGAAUGUUGUUACUUAUACUGCUUUGAUAGAUGGUUUCUGCAAGAAAGGGAAAAUGCAGAGAGCUGAGGAGAUGUAUUCGCAGAUGCUCGAGGAUAGAGUUGAGCCAAACUCUCUUGUAUACACUACGGUUAUCGAUGGGUAUUUCCAGAAAGGAGAUUCGGAUAAUGCCAUGAAGUUUCUGGCCAAAAUGCUCAAUCAAGGGAUGAGACUUGAUUUAGCAGCUUAUGGCGUAAUCAUAUCAGGCCUUUGCAGUAAUGGUAAACUAAAGGAGGCAACAGAGAUUGUAGAAGGUAUGGAGAAAGGUGGUUUUGUUCCUGAUAUGAUGAUUUUUACUACAAUGAUGAAUGCAUAUUUUAAAUCCGGGCGCAUGAAGGCUGCAGUUAACAUGUACCACAAAUUAGUUGAGAGAGGCUUUGAGCCAGAUGUUGUAGCUCUUUCGACUAUGAUUGAUGGGAUUGCAAAGAAUGGACAACUACAUGAAGCUGUAGCUUAUUUCUGUAUUGAGAAAGCUAAUGAUGUUAUGUACACCGUGCUUAUUGAUGCUUUGUGCAAAGAAGGAGACUUUAUAGAAGUUGAGAGAUUGUUUAGCAAAAUUUCAGAGGCUGGACUUGUUCCGGAUAAGUUCAUGUACACUUCUUGGAUAGCUGGUUUGUGUAAGCAAGGGAAUUUGGUGGAUGCUUUUAAGUUAAAAACCAAAAUGGUUCAAGAGGGUCUCGAGCUUGAUUUGUUAACCUACACAACAUUGAUUUAUGGGUUAGCUAGCAAGGGAUUGAUGGUCGAGGCUAGACAAGUUUUCGAUGAAAUGUUGAGAAUUGGAAUAUGCCCUGAUUUGGCUGUUUUUGAUCUACUGAUUAGAGCUUAUGAAAAGGAGGGAAACAUGACCGCUGUUUCGGAUUUGCUUCUCGAUAUGCAUAAAAGAGGGCUUGCAACAGCAGUAAGUGAUGCAGAUUGCAGCAAACAAUGUGACAAUGAAGUGAGCUGUUCUUGAACUUACUUAUGAUUUGAGCUAUAGGCAUCAUCAGCAGCUGUUGUGUUCUCAAAUAUGGGCAAAUAUAGUAAAGGGCAUUUGUAAAUUGUCAUCUUUUACAUUUAAAAAUGGAUAAUUUUAACAAAAGAUACAUGACUUUGAUAGUUAUAUAAAUAUAUACAGAAGUCUUUUAAUUGAAGCUA